UGAUUAGAAAAACUUUCUACGCUGAGCUCAGCGGGCAGCAGGGAGGCAGGUACUUCCAGUGGACAGCACCGCAGAGACACUCAUGUGGAGACAUGCCUCUGAGACUGGACAUCAAGCGGAGGCUGACAGCUCGGUCAGACCGGGUGAAGAGUGCGGACCUGCAUCCCACUGAGCCGUGGAUGGUGCUCAGCCUCUACAGCGGCACUGUGGUGGUCUGGAACCAUGAAACACAGACGAUGGUGAAAACAUUUGAGCUGUGUGAUCUGCCUGUAAGAGUGGCCAAGUUCGUAGCCAGGAAACACUGGGUCAUUGCUGGAGCUGACGACAUGCAGGUCCGGGUGUUUAACUACAACACUCUGGAGAGAGUUUACAUGUUCGAGGCUCACUCUGACUACAUCCGCUGCAUCGCUGUCCACCCCACGCAGUCCUACAUCCUCACCAGCAGUGAUGACAUGUUGAUCAAGCUGUGGGACUGGGACAGAAAGUGGUUGUGCAGUCAGGUGUUUGAGGGACACACUCACUAUGUCAUGCAGAUUGUCAUCAACCCCAGAGACAACAACCAGUUUGCCAGUGCCUCUCUGGACAGAACUAUUAAGGUGUGGCAGCUGGGUUCCAAGGCUCCCAACUUUACUCUGGAGGGCCAUGAGAAGGGAGUGAAUUGCAUUGAUUACUACAGUGGAGGAGACAAGCCCUACCUCAUAUCAGGGGCCGAUGAUCGCCUUGUGAAGAUCUGGGAUUAUCAGAACAAAACUUGUGUUCAGACUCUGGAGGGUCACGCUCAGAAUGUGACCUGUGUUAGCUUCCAUCCUGAGCUGCCAGUCAUUCUCACAGGCGGUGAAGAUGGCACUGUUCGUGUGUGGCACUCCAACACCUACCGGCUAGAAAACACACUCAAUUAUGGCAUGGAGCGGGUGUGGUGUAUAUGUGGCCAGCCUGGCUCCAACAGUGUGGCUAUAGGCUACGAUGAAGGCAGCAUCAUCAUCAAGCUGGGUCGGGUGGAGCCCGUCAUGUCCAUGGACUCCAGUGGGAAGGUCAUAUGGGCUCGUCAUUCCGAAAUGCAGCAGGCCAACCUAAAGGCAGUCUUAGAAACUGAGAUAAAGGAUGGAGAGAGGCUCCUUCUGAGUGUUAAAGACAUGGGCAGCUGUGAGAUUUACCCCCAGACAAUCCAACACAGCCCCAAUGGGAGAUUUGUAGUGGUGUGUGGAGAUGGGGAAUAUAUCAUCUAUACUGCCAUGGCUUUGAGGAACAAGAGCUUCGGCUCUGCUCAGGAGUUUAUCUGGGCACACGACUCUUCACAGUAUGCAAUCAGAGAAGGCAACAGUGUGGUCAAAAUAUUUAAGAACUUUAAAGAGAAGAAGGCUUUUAAACCUGACUUUGGAGCUGAAGGCAUCUUUGGUGGCCUCCUGCUGGGAGUGAGGUCAAACAGCGGCCUGUCCUUCUACGACUGGGACAACUCUGAACUGAUCCGGCGUAUUGAGAUCCAGCCUAAACAUGUCUUCUGGUCUGACUCUGGGGAGCUCGUCUGUAUUGCUACAGAUGAGUCUUUCUUCGUGCUGCGCUACCUACCAGAGCGAGUCUCAGCAGCCCAGGAGUCUAAGGAAGAGAUAACAGAAGAUGGGAUAGAGGCAGCCUUUGAGGUACUGGGGGAGGUCCAGGAGGUGGUAAAGACAGGGCUUUGGGUGGGAGACUGCUUCAUCUACACCAACUCUGUUAACAGACUCAACUAUUAUGUAGGAGGAGAGAUAAUCACUAUAGCUCACAUGGACAGGACGAUGUAUCUGCUGGGCUACAUACCAAAGGAUGACCGUCUCUACCUUGGAGACAAGGAGCUGAACAUUAUCAGCUACUCCCUGCUGCUUUCUGUGCUUGAAUAUCAGACAGCUGUCAUGAGGAAGGACUUCAGCACAGCUGACAAGGUUCUACCAGCAAUUCCCAAGGAGCAGCAGACCCGUGUAGCCCAUUUCUUGGAGAAACAAGGCUUCAGACAGCAGGCAUUGGCUGUGUCCACUGACCCCGAGCAUAAGUUUGAACUUGCUCUGCAGCUGGGAGAGCUCAAGACAGCCUAUCAGCUGGCACUGAACGCAGAGUCAGAACAAAAAUGGAAGCAGCUGGCAGAGCUUGCUACUACAAAGUGCCAGUUUAGCUUGGCUCAGGAGUGUCUCCACCAAGCUCAGGAUUAUGGGGGAUUAUUGCUUCUGGCCACCACCUCAGGCAACACUGACAUGGUGGGCCAACUGGCUGAGGGGGCAGAGAGAGAUGGGAAGACCAACGUGGCCUUUCUCACCUACUUCAUGCAGGGGAGACUGGACAAAUGUCUGGACCUUCUAAUCAAAACAGAUCGAUUACCAGAGGCUGCAUUUCUGGCAAGAACAUAUCUGCCCAGCCAUGUCUCAAGGGUGGUGAAGCUGUGGAAGGAGAGUCUUUCCAAAGUCAACCAGAAGGCAGCAGAUGCUCUGGCUGACCCCACCCAGUACAGCAACCUGUUCCCCAGCCUCCAGCAAGCCCUGCUGGCUGAGCAGUACCUGAAGGAGAGUCACAUAAGGGUCAGACCUGCUGCAGGAUACCCUCUCAUUACGCCAAAUGAAGAACGUAAUGUUCUGGAGGAAUCUGCAGGUUUUAGACCCAAAGGAGAAAUCGCUGAGCCAGAGCAAGUAUUGGAGUGCAUGAGUGAGCCCCCCGUUGUACCAGUAGUAACAGAAAGGCCAUGUUCAGAAGUUGCAGUAGUGGAGGAGGAGGCCAUUUCACGAGAAGAGCUUACUGAUCCCGUUUCAACAAGUGAAGAAAAAUCUGUCCUGAGAGCAGCAGACGCUUUUCCUGUCACUGCUGCAGAAGAAUGUGUUGAGCCAAAGCAAGCAGUGCUGGUGUCUUGUGAGUUGGAAGCAGUGAAGGAGGGCACUAAAGCACAGACUUUAGUCCCUGCAGAGGAAAUCGGGAUCCCUGAUGAAGAGCUUGAGAUGAUACAACCGAGUCCGGUGGAAGAUGUCAGCUCAUCUGUUAAGAAUGAUGUUCAGGAAGUAUCUCCAGCAACUGAAGCUUCGCUUGGUGUCUGUGUUUCUGAAACAGAAACCACUGUGACAGCACAAGCAGCACCAAAUGACACAUUAGUAGCUGAGGAUGUCUUAGUUAGCACUAGUCUGCCAGUUGAUACUGAAACUACAUCAGAAACUAUAGCACCUGGGGUAAUUGCCAUUUACCAAGAACUGGAAAACGAUACAAUCCCAUCAGAAGUUCCAACGACAACAGAAGACACUCCCGUUACUAGCAAAGCUGUUUCAGAAACAGUCCCUUCACACACAGCAGUGGAGGAGCUCAUCUCUUUUGAAACCCCAGACAUUCCUGAGCUGGACGCACCUCUCCAGAUUUUACCAGAGUUGACCUUCGAUGCACUGCUAGACUCAAUUGAAGACGCAGUGCCAGUACUGAAGCCAAUCCCGGCACAAGAACAAGAGAAACAAACCACAGAACUUCCAGUAAAUCCUGCGGUUCUUCAAAAGUCUGGGCCAGAGGUUUUAUCCCUCACUGUAACUCAUGCAGAAGGGAAUGUAGCAGAAGAGAGAGAGGAAUGUGGCUCUGAAGAACCGGCAGAGGACUUCGAGGCAGAGAUGAAUGACGAGGCUCUGGAUGAUCUGGACAACUUUGACCUGGGGGAUAUUGACACCACAGAUGUUAACCUAGACGAGGAUUUCCUGGGUGAAUAGAAACUUGUCUUUUACAAUCCACUUUUUCUGUUCAAUAACACAGGUGGUUCAUAAUUCAAAACAAUUGAAAAAUGCAAAAAAAAAAAGAAAAAAGCCCAGAUCCUGCAUCCAAUCGAGCACAAUUAAAUAAGCUCAGUCCACCUACAGACCACAAAGGAUCUGCUCCCGAGGCCUGAUGCCAAACACAGUGAAAACCCUGAGGAAGCGUGUCCAUGCAUCAGCAGGACAGCUGUUCUGUUAGUGGAUUUAAAGUUUAAAGUUUACCCUACCUAAACCCAUGCAGAUGCAGUGGAUUAAAACCAUAACUGCACUAAUGGACAAACAGGUGCUUCCUCAGACUGUUGUUAGUGUCCUUUUACUAUUUUCUUUAUUUUAAAUGGGUGCUAGUUUUCAAUAAAUACUUAGAUGUGAGAGACAGGAAAAACCCCCCUAAGUUUUUCAAGCUUUUCUUGCCGUCAGCAAUGUACCCUUCAUAGAAAAGUCAGUACCUCCUUCAUGUCUCCUAAAGGCAGGAUCAACAUGUGGUUUUGUUUUCAGCUCAUCUAAAACAUUCUGUACUGUAUGAAA